AUUCCCAGUCCUUUUCAAAGGCUCUUUAGUCUAUUCUUAUGUGAUGCAAAUAUAAGUGAAUAUAUGUCUUUAUAAAGCUCAGAUAUAUUAUGUUCAGCUUCCAGAUUACAAGGAAAUAGAAUCUCAACUAUCUCCACUAAUGUCCCAUAGAUAUCUCCUAUGAAAUGGCAUCAACUGCUGAUAGAAGAGCAACAAAGCAAAUCAACUCCAUUCUUUACUUGUUCAGAAUUUAUUCUUUUGCCUUUCUCAUCAAAGCAUUGCCUGCUAUUUACACAAGGCACAAAAGAUCUCUCCUUCUAUACUCGUUGCUCUUCUAUAAGUGCUUUUCAUAUUUGAUCAAAUCUUCCAUCUUUUAUCAUCGUUGGAAGAUCUCUUCCUCGGUGCCAAGGCUUCAGCAGGACACCCUUUCUCUACCUUGAUGCACGAGUGUUUAAUAGGUUUUAACUAAUUGUCGUAUGGGCGCAAUCAUAUCCCGAUUUGCAAGAAGGUUCCUUCCUAAAACUGAAGUUAGGAUUCUCAUGGUGGGGCUUGAUGCAUCUGGGAAAACAACAAUUCUGUACAAGCUGAAGCUGGGAGAAAUUGUUCUAACGGUACCCACGAUUGGUUUUAAUGUGGAGACAGUGGUGUACAAAAAUAUAAGUUUCACCGUAUGGGAUGUAGGAGGACAACAAAAGAUUCGGCAUCUAUGGAGACACUACUUUCAGAGUGCCCAUGGACUCAUCUUUGUCGUGGACAGCAAUGAUAGGAGGAGAAUUUUGGAAGCACGAAAUGAGCUCCAUUGCAUUUUAUCUCAUAUCGAACUAAAGGAUGCAAUACUGCUUGUCUUUGCUAACAAGCAGGAUGUCCCAGAUGCUAUGCCUGUUUCUGAGGUUGCUGAUAAGCUUGGACUACCUACUCUUACACAGCGUCACUGGUACAUUCAAAGCUCUUCUGCGACUUCGGGACGUGGACUUUAUGAAGGUCUAGACUGGCUAUCUAACAACAUCUCUAACAAGGCAGCAUAACAUGGGAAACUUUCCCCAGUUUUUGCAAGAAAUCUAAAGGGACUUCUAAGGGUUGCAGCGUAUCUUCCUUGCCAAAUCGGCCCGGUCAUAUUACCCUUCAGAGGACGCAUUAUAUGUAUCUUUGGAACUUUCCCACUUAUCUUGAGUUCCAAUUUCCAAUCUUGUUUUGACUUAUCAGUACGAAAGGAAGAGAUAUCAGAGGAAUCUAUCAUAUAGGAUUAGAACCUCCUCGUGCACGUUGUAUCCGCCCAUGGUUGUUCUGUUUAGUGUAAAGAAAGAUAGCAUCACUGUAUAGAAUCACCAUGAAGCAGUGCUCCCACCCGAUGCCUUUAGCUUCGGUGCCCUAAAUAUGACCGUGGGGAUUGUAACAGGUCCAAUAAUAGAAAUGGAAGCCGGUGAGGAAUAUGAUUGACCA